AUGAGCUCGUUCUUUGGCAGGCUGCGCUCCAAUGCGCCGCCCGCGAGCCCGUCGACGGCCGUCGCGCCGGCCAAGAAGGACCCCAACGCGCCCCAGCCCACGCCGCUCGAGAAGCUGCUCGCCGCCGACACGAGUCCCAUCCGCACCAACGGUAGCGACAAGUUCUUCGGAUUCGAGAAUUUCGGCAGCACCUGCUAUUGCAACUCCAUAAUACAAUGUCUUUACUAUUCUACCCCCUUUCGGGAACAGGUCAUCAACUUUCCCAUCCGCUCGCCGCAAGACUCCCUCGCCGAUCGCACCGCCAGCGGCCUGCUGCGCAUCAACACCGAUCUCUCAAACGCCGGCGCCAAUGGAGUGCAAAAUCCGCUUUCGCCGACGAGGCAACCCUCGAGCGCGCAGCUGGCAUCCCCUAAGAAAUCAGGGGUCGGCCCAGGGGUGCCUGGCGCCCCGCCCAUUACGAAGCCCGAGGAGAAUAAGGACUCGCCCGAAUACAAGAAGAAGCAAGCGAUGGCCGCGGGACCCGUGCUGAACAUGGAUUACGAGAAUUCCAAGGCUUAUGGCAUGCCCGAGUCGCUGUUUACGUCAUUGAAGGACAUCUUCGAAGCCAUCAUCGCGCACAGGUCACGGGUUGGUGUCGUGAGCCCCCAAAAGUUCUUGGAGAUAUUGCGCCGAGAAAACGAAAUGUUUCGGUCUGCCAUGCACCAAGACGCCCACGAGUUCUUGAAUCUGCUUCUGAACGAGGUCGUCGAAAAUGUCGAGCAAUUUUCCCGCCAGCAAGGGCAGCAGCAAAUCGAGCAAGAGUCGCCUGAACACAGCGGAGAAUCCGAUUCCGGACUGGCAGUCAUGUCACCCGUGCUGAGCAAUGCCGUAAAGAACGGUGCCAUCAGCAACACCGGAUGGGUCCAUUCGUUAUUCGAAGGCACGCUCACGUCGGAAACAAGAUGCUUGACAUGCGAGAACGUAUCUCAGCGAGACGAAGCCUUCCUGGACCUUUCGGUCGAUUUGGAGCAAAACUCAUCGGUGACAUCGUGCUUGAAGAGAUUCUCGGAAGAAGAAAUGCUGUGCGAGCGCAACAAAUUCCAUUGCGACAAUUGUGGUGGGCUGCAGGAGGCGGAAAAGCGUAUGAAAGUUAAAAGAUUACCCCGGAUAUUGGCAUUGCAUCUCAAAAGGUUCAAGUAUACAGAGGACAUGCAGCGGUUACAAAAGUUGUUUCAUAGAGUCGUCUAUCCCUACUACCUCCGUCUUUUCAACACCACCGACGAUGCCGAGGACCCGGACCGUCUAUACGAACUGUAUGCUGUCGUCGUCCACAUCGGAGGCGGAGCAUAUCAUGGCCAUUACGUCUCCAUCAUCAAGACAGAAGACCGCGGCUGGUUAUUAUUCGACGACGAGAUGGUGGAGCCUGUGGACAAGUCAUAUGUACGGAACUUUUUCGGGGGUGAGAAUGUGCUGGCUUGCGCCUAUGUUCUCUUCUACCAAGAGACCACCGAGGAGGCGAUGAAGAAGGAGCAAGAAUCGGAAGUGAUCAGUCCUGUCGGUGACACGGUUUCAGUGCCACUGGAGUCUGUGAUGUCGCCGAUCAAGACGGAGGACACGCCCGUGAAUGGCUAUGUGUUCACGCCGGUGACACCGGUUCCGGAAGAGCACCAAUUUGUCAACCUCGACCACGCCACAACAGCGCCACCGCUAUCACAGUCGCCGCCCGUACGGCCCGCCUCCCAGCCCCCGCCGGAGCAUUUCACGACAUUUGGUGGUCAGCCGACACUCAAGACAAAAUGGAGCAAAUCCUUUAAGCUGAACCAUCACGACAAGGAUAAGGUCCGGGAGGAGAAAGACCGCAGAGCGUCGAUCAAGGCCCAGGAGAAGGAGGCGGAAAAAACGGCAAAGGCGCAACGCAAAGAGGAAGAAUCGAGACUGAGGGAGGCACGGAUGAAACGCCAGGAUGCCCAGAAGAAGCAAGAGGAGGAAAUGCGUCAAGUCAUGGCUCUCAGCAGAACCACAGCCAAAGAGGAAGCGAAAGUCCGUCGCACCAGUUCCGUCGCCCAGCAACGAACUUCUCCCGACCCGCCGCCCAAUAUAGCCAAUGGUGGAUUGCAUAAAGACGAAACCGAAAAUGUUCCGCCCAACACUGCCAGCACCACUGCUCCAUCUUCAACCGGUAGCGAGCCUCCGGCGAGUAGGCCCAAGGAGAACGGCCACCAUGGCCGUCACAUCCACGGCAGCAAGAGCAUCAGUGGUGGUCUUAACCGUUUCCGCAACUCAAGCAUCAGCCUUCGCCACAAGCCCAAGUUCUUCUCGGGCUCGGGUAAGGAUUUCAACUUCGAAGAGGCGCCCCCGACGCCUACACUGCCGCCGCAAUACCAGAGUAAUGAGCCAUCAACUCCAAAAGCCGAGACACCUCUUGCUCCGACUUUCGCUAGCCCGAGGUGGAAUCCGGAAACGCCUGACAGGAAUGCGGACAGCAGCGACGUCGGCGAAAAAGACUUGCCACCAGUUCCGCCGGAGAAAUCCGCGAAGGAGAUGAAGAAGGAGAAGAGAGGAAUUCCCAAGUUCGGCCUGGGGAAGAAGAAGAGUAGCAUGUUGGGAUUUGGGUAA